AUCAGACCCAACUUUACUCUGGAACGUGAUCUGAGAGACAAAUCACCGCUCAUUCCAUCAUGUGGGCAAAGAAUGUUACUGGAAAUUUUGCAAACGUGAUCCACGGUUUGAAUGCAAGCCACUUGACUGACGUGGCUGUUCGGAGGAGCAAGCGAAUGAUUCUCGAUACCUUAGGCGUUGGGCUGCUGGGCACCAGGACGGAUGUCUUUCAAAAAAUGAUCCAAUACAGUAAGAUCUACAGCUCAGAGGCAUCCAGUUCUGUUUGGGGCCAGCCAGAUCUCAGGCUGCCUCCCCUUUAUGCAGCUUUCGUGAAUGGCGUGGCGGCUCACUCCAUGGACUUUGAUGAUACGUGGCACCCAGCCACACACCCUUCUGGAGCCGUGCUGCCUGCUCUCCUGGCCAUCUCGGAAGCUGCACCUGAGAAGCAAAGGAUUUCCGGACGGGACCUGCUUUUGGCUUUCAACAUAGGCCUUGAAGUACAAGGCAGGCUGAUGCACUUUUCCAGGGAGGCCAGCGAGGUUCCUAAAAGGUUUCACCCGCCAUCCAUACUUGGUACCAUGGGAAGUGCUGCAGCUGCCGCCAAACUCUUGGGUCUCGAUCAGUUUAAAUGUAAGGAAGCAUUGGCAAUUGCUGCCUCUUACGCCGGUGCACCGUUGGCCAAUGCCGCCACCCAAACGAAACCUCUUCAUACGGGCAACGCAAGCCGGCAUGGCAUGGAGGCCGCCAUGUUAGCAUCCUUGGGCCUUCAAGCAAACAAGUUGAUCCUGGAUCUGGAAUCCGGCUUUGGGGCCUUUUACGCCGACUACUUGCCCCAGACUCUACCAAGCUUGCAAUCCUACUCUUGGCUGUUGGAUCAACAAGACGUAGCUAUCAAGAGCUUUCCGGCACACCUGGGGACACACUGGAUGGCAGAAGCGGCCCUGGCAGUAAGGAGGCACCUGGCAAAGAACGGGGAGUCCCUCCCCAGUGGCAAGAUCCAGAAAAUCGUGCUUCAAGUCCCCGACAUCGAAUACGUGAACAGGCCAUUCCCUGCCACAGAACAUGAAGCGAGGCAUUCUUUCCAGUUCGUUGCAUGUUCUGCCCUGCUGGAUGGUCACAUCUCUGUUGAGUCCUUCAAACAGCACAACGUCUCCAGGCCAGAGCUGAACGAGUUGCUCCGAAAGACGCACUUGGAACAUUCUCCUGACAACCCGCCCAGCUUCAAAAGCCUUUACUGCGAGGCCAACCUCACCCUCCAGGACGGAUACACCUUGUCAGAGCGUUGCGACACGUUCUACGGGCACUGGAGGAAGCCACUGAGCAGGGGGGACCUGGUGAAAAAAUUCCACGCCAACGCCACCACGGCUGUCACUGCAGAAGCCGCCGAAAGCAUCGUGGAAGCUGUUGACAAUUUAGAAAACCUAGAGGACUGCUGCAUGUUGACGUCACUCCUUCAAGGAGCAGAGUCGGCAACGGAGCAGUUAAAAAGCCAAAGUGGGCUGUUUUGAGAGACUUUUGAAGGCUUGCCUUGCCCAAUAACAGCUCAAUGUUCUCCAAGAGCCAGAUCUAAGAAGACUAUUAGCGUGGACUAGCUGCAGUUGUGCAAAUUGAAUCGGUGUCUAUUUGACACACGUUGAAGUAGAGGAGCCAUGUGUCCUGCUUUACAGAGGACAGUCCUCUAUUUGAAGGCAUCCUCAGUUUGAAAGGCUGCAAGGCCAAAGUCCGGUUGAAAGAUGAAGACCAAUGAGAAGGGAAAGCUUUGAACUUGCCCAUCAGGUCACUUGGUCACAUUUUUCACCACUAUGGUGAGAUGUAUUGUAUUUCUAUACAAAUU